AUGGAUUUGGAGAGAGGACCCAGAUACGAUGAAUACGCUAAAUUGCGAGAGAAAAAGCUUCGACUGAACUACCAAACACAGCAACAAGAUUAUCAAGAAGAACAACAAGAAAAAGAGAAUGUUUUUGAAUCAAAAAUUCCAACCAUAUCGACAAAACAAGUUAAGUUUCAGGUUGGUGUUGCUUCGGUAAGAAAAGGGUCUUCUCUAGUAGCUCAAUCUGUGCCGGAUUUCUCUUCAUUGUUAAGGAAAGAGAAUCGUAAACCAACGAAUAAUAUGGUUCCUAGUACUAUGACAUUGACACCUCCAUUGAAGAACAAGAACAAAGGUUGUGGUGUUAUGUCGAGUUCAAGAGGAGGUAGUAGAUCGGUGAAUGCUAAUGCUGAGAAGAGAAAGGGUUGUGGUGGUGGUGGGAUUCUUACGGCAAGGAAAAGCUAUGGUAAUUUUGAUGAACUGAGGAGUUUUUCUUCGGCUACUGCAAAUGCUAUUAAUGGUGAGAUUAGGAAUAGUAGGGUUGUGGGGAAGAAAAGUGUUUUAAGGUGUAGAGAUCUUUGA